CGUCCGCUCGUCCGCUCGUCCAUAUCCGCAGUUCGUAAACAGUCGACCACUGAUGGACGGUCUGACCCUCCCGGUAACGCAGGCACGCAGGCACGCCCUAGAUUGAAGGCGUGGAACGCCAUGAUUCCGCGAUUCCCAGCCACAGAGCCUGCCGCCCACCCCCCGCAGCCAGUGAAGCGCAUGCGGAGGGGGACACGCAGCUGUAGGGAAUGUCGCCAGCGCAAGAUCCGGUGCACUUUUGCACCCGGCGCACAAGUAUGUGGCCCCUGUAGCAUUCGCGGAACGACGUGCCUAGAGCAAGGGACGAGUGGUUCCUCUCCACUGAGCGAGGCCAGAGAACAACGAGGCCAGUCUCAACAUUGCCAACAAACUCGCCACGAAACCCACAAUGCCGAAAUGGAACUAGAAAGAGACGACGAAGACAGAUCAGCCGACCUGCGAGUGUUGUCCACAGGACUGAGCCAGCAGCCUCCAUUUUUGGCAGCCAUCAGCUUCAGCGAGCCGAGCGUAGCGGAGACAUCGACACCAAUGUCGGGACCACUUGGAAGUUCUGCCAGCAACACGCCGUUCUCGUCGGCGAGGGUUGAGAAUGGCCGUGAGCGCGCCGCCAGAGCCUGCAAAGUUCUACGGUCAAAUCUGCCGAGCUACGAUGACCUCCUCACUGUCCUCGAAGGUGGCGCGAAUUGGUGGAACAGCUUCCGCCGGAAAACACAGAUAAUCUCGCAGGCGCAUCCGAUCGAGUCGCUGACGGCGUUUGCCGCGCGUGCCUACACCAGCAGCACUCCUGCGGAGGUGGGCACCCUUGCUGUCGCGUACGCACGCAGCACCGGUUCAAACACUCGCCUCUACAGCCUCGUUGACGAUGUGAUACUGUCCGAUUUCAGACUCGCGGCGACGCUGGCGGGCCUCGAGUGUCUAGUUCUUGUUGCCAAAACAUAUACCGACAUCGGGCAGCCUCGACGGGCUUGGCUGACCUGGAGGAAAGGAAUGAUGAUGGCUCAGAUUAUGGGCAUAUACAGGCAGAGUCCUGAGAAAGCUACACCCUUUCAACGAAUAUGGUGGGCCAUAUAUCAUGGUGACCGUUUCACGAGCUUGCUCUUAGGAUUGCCUUCAGGCUUUAGCGACACAUUUUACGAAUCUGAAGUUCCGACCUUGCCAACAGCCACAGACGAUGAGAACGUGUGGGUUGGUCAGUUUGUACACCAAUGCGCCAUUGAAGCGGGAAAGGUCAUCGACAGAAACAUCCGCCAAGGCGCUUUUGUUGCCGAUACUCGAGUUCUGUCAGCGAGAGUUGCCAAGCUGAAAUCUCUAGCGCCCGAAGCAUGGUGGAAUCUACCCACACGCCUCCCAUCUGCCGGCCCGGAGCUUGACCAGCUGGUCGACCGACUACUUAUUCAGUUCUUCUUCUACCACAUCGAAAUGUACACACACCUCCCCAAUAUGGCGGCGAAUAAGGGAGGUCACCUGAGGAUGCCUGAUGUCGGCGGGCACAGUUGUGCACCGGCAGCGCGAGAACUGCUCCGCCGGUUCCUGCUUCUCCGGAGCCGGGUUCAUGGUGUCUAUUUGUUCGACUGCAAGACCUCCGACUUUGUUGGCUUCACUGCAGCUGUCGUUCUUCUCUUGGCUAACUCUGCGCAGCCCAGUCGUAGCUCGACAGAAGACGCGGGGUUGAUAGGGGAAGCGGUCACAGUUUUCCGGCAGUUGGAGGGUGCCAUGGGGUGUACCAUCGCUGGUCAAUGCCACAGAGCGUUGCAGGUGCUCUCAUCAUGGAGCAACGGGGGUCAACAGCACGACAGCACAGCAGAGGAGAGCAUCCAAAUUCCCUACUUUGGCAAAAUUGUGCGGAGGCCGUCGGCUAGGCCCGCUUCGAUAUCUUUGCCCGCUAGUGCCUACGAGUUCCUGGAAGCGGACCCGGAGCCUUGCAAUCUGGAGUUCCUUGCAUAUGGAUCUCCGGAGGUGGACCUCUUCAGCUCUACUGAACAGGAAGAAGCGAUGGACGGCUCAUCUACCUAUGGUGCAUCCUUCUGGAUGGACCCAGCAUUGUUGGAUAUUGGUCAGGAUUGGACUUUGUUCCCCAGCCCGCACGAAUUUUAAACCUUUCUGGCACAUCGCAUAGUGCAAGCAUACUCAUACGACCAGCUUUGCUUUUUGCAAUUUUCGAGAUUUUGUGGCCUUGACUUCGUUUGAUUCGUGAAGAUGCAAGUUACAACCACAAGAUCGUGACACAGAAAGGCUAGGGACAGAUACUUCAUGCUUAUUGAGAAAACCC